AUUAAUUCUCCGUCGCUGGACAAACUUGCGGAUGAUAAUGCCGCUGCCACCGCCGGACAAACUACAAGCGACUGCGGUAACGGAAUUGAGCACAGGAAAUGGGACAGAGACGAUUCCGGACAAAACGGGAUGCACGAUUUCAGCCAGCGAGCACAAGGUUGAAGCAGCGGUGCGGUAGAUCGAUGGAUUUUGGAGAACUUGGAUCUACACACUACCAGAAGAUCCGACCUCUGGUGUCUGCACGUUGGCUGUUCGGAGACGACGACUGAGACUGGCGACACACUGACAAUUGAAUCAAAGGCUGGUAUGGAUCUGUGAAGCUGCUGGGACGGGCGAUUCUGCUGGAGGAGCAGAUCUGCUGAACGACACAGAUGGAUCUACAGGAGGAGACUGACAGAUCUACUGGGCGAAGGAGUGAACUUUCGGACGGAGGGAACUUCCGGCGAUGCAGAGACUUGCUGACGAUGGAUGGAUCUGCUGGACGGAUGGAAAACAACAAUUGAUGAAAUCAUUAGUUGCUGCUGCCUAUUGGUGCAUACGGAGUCGAAAAUAUGAAAAGAGUAGGGUAGUGGAGAUCUGGACAAUUACUCCUCGAUCGGACGAACAGAUCGAAACCUGUAUCGUCAACAAUAGAAGUACAAUGAUUGGUAAUGCAAAUCGAUGGUGAUGCCGCCGUCACCGGAAAAGGCACGGCAACGGUGGCAGAAGCAGAAGCGUUGCCACGGGUCGCCGGUAUUGGCCACCAUCGAUCUACGGUGCACCACUCCACCACCACACUCCACCAUUCGAGUGCCACUAUCAUCAUCACAUCCCCAAACUCCUAUGAAGGGGAUCACGAGGUCGGGACAGGACUGAAAGCGGCCAUACAAGCUGGAGUUGAGAGAAAAAAUUUGUUCAUUACUUCCAAGUUAUGGUGUAUAGAAUUGUCACCCCAAAGAGUUCGGCCCGCACUCCUGAGCACACUCGAAGAGCUACAACUGGAUUAUCUCGAUCUCUAUCUGGUUCAUUGGCCAUUCCUCCUUAAGGAAGGCGCAAGCCGGCCUCCAAAACCCGGGGAAGUCUCAGAGAUUGACAUGGAAGGGGUUUGGAGGGAGAUGGAGAAGCUGGUGACCGAUAAGCUAAUGGAGAUGCACCCGGGUUGGAGGAACGACAAAAUGUUGGAGGCUUGCAAGGAGAACAACAUACAUGUUACGGCAUAUUCACCCCUAGGUUCAAACGAGCGUGACUUGGUUCAUGACCUAGUGGUGGACAAGGUCGCAAAGAGAAUGAACAAAAACCCCGGCCAAGUUCUCAUAAAGUGGGCUCUCCAAAGAGGAACAAGCACCAUUCCUAAAUCAAACCACGAUGACCGGAUCAAAGAGAACAUAGCCGUAUUCGAAUGGGAAUUGCCCAAGCAAGAUUUCGACGCUCUCUCUAGCAUCCCGCACCAGAGACGCGUGCUUGACGGGGAAGACAUUUUUGUCAACAAGACUUGUGGCCCUUUCCGGAGUGUUGCAGAUUUGUGGGAUCAUGAAGAUUAGGUUCUCUUAGCGGUCCAUAUUUGGAAUAAAUAUUAGGCAAAAUCACUUGCCUCUGUAAUAAAGGUUAAUUGUGUGG